AUUGUACAUUGCAUUGGGAUGAUACCCCUCAUUUCUUCCACGCGACCUCAUGUGUGAUUUACUGAUUCACGUGUGCCCAGAUCAUCGACCCAAACCAGCAGAUGCGUGCCAUCAAUGCAGAAACUGCCCGCUUAGGUCUCUCAAGACCGGUCCAUGGUGACUUGAACAUUCGCAAGGUACAAAUACCGAUCACCAGGCAUUGCCAGACCAGAAAAAGUGAAAGGCAACGAAAAUUUGCGAUCUUGACGAUAACGAGAGCAUCAGACACCGCACUUGAGGUUGAAGCAGGAUACUCCAAAGACGGCAUGGACAUUGCACAGCUCGAUGAAGACCUUUUGGACCAUGAGGAGCACCUCAAGUACAGGUACAAUCAAUUCCUGCAGACCAAGGCCUCCCUGGAAAAAGCUGAGGGCAGCCUUGCAAAUUUUGCAAAGGGGUACGAGAAGAUGGGCUUCUUCCGGGAGGGAAAUGCGACGGUGUACAGGGAGUGGUGCCCGGCGGCCUCCAGCGCGCAGCUCAUAGGGGACUUCAACGCGUGGGGUGGCAGCUGGAUGGAGCGCGAUGCCUAUGGCGUCUGGAAGAUCACCCUCCCGGACGAUCCGCAGGGCAAGCCGGCCAUAGCGCACGGGUCGCGGGUGAAGAUCCGGCUGCAGCACCCGGGCGGCUGGUUUGUGGACCGCGUGCCGGCCUGGAUCCGGUGGGCCACAGUGGAACCCAACAAGAUGGGCGCCAAGUAUGACGGCAUCUUCUGGGACCCUCCCGCUCAGGAGCGACACGCCUGGCAGCACGAGAGACCAAAGGACAAGCCUGCUGCGCUGCGCAUAUAUGAGGCCCAUGUGGGCAUGAGCUCUGAGGCGCCUGAAGUGGCUUCCUACACCUACUUCAAAGACAAUGUGCUGCCGCGCAUUGCGAAGCUGGGCUACAAUGCCAUCCAGCUGAUGGCGGUGCAGGAGCACGCAUACUAUGCAUCCUUCGGCUACCACGUGACCUCGCCCUUCGCAGUGUCCUCGCGCUCUGGCACUCCCGAGGAGCUGAAGGCUCUUAUAGAUGAGGCGCACAGGCUGGGGCUGCUGGUGUUGCUGGAUGUGGUGCACAGCCAUGUCUCCAGCAAUGCCGACGAUGGCAUCGCAGGAUAUGAUCUGGGGCAGGGGGAGGAGGGCAACUACUUUUGCAGCGGCGAGCGCGGGUACCACACGGUGUGGGACAGCCGCCUGUUCAACUACCGCAACUGGGAGGUGCUGCGCUACCUGCUCUCCAAUCUGCGCUGGUGGCUGGAGGAGUACAGGUUUGACGGGUUCCGAUUUGACGGCGUCACGUCGAUGCUGUACUGGCACCACGGCAUCAACAUGAGCUUCAGCGGCGACUACAAAGAGUACUUCAGCCCGGCCACCAAUGUGGACGCCGUCGUCUACCUCAUGCUCGCCAACGUGCUCGUGCAUGAGCUCCUGCCACAGGCGAUAACGGUGGCGGAGGAUGUGUCGGGAAUGCCGGCGCUGGGGCGGCCGGUGAGCGAGGGCGGCUGCGGCUUCGACUACCGCCUGGGCAUGGGCAUCCCCGACCAGUGGAUGCGCCUCGUCAAGGAUGUUCGCGACGAGAACUGGAGCAUGACGGGGCUGGUGUCCUCCCUCUGCAACCGCCGCUACACCGAGCGCACAGUCGCCUACGUUGAGUCCCACGACCAAUCCCUCGUCGGCGACCAGACCCUGGCGUUCCGGCUGAUGGGCGCGGAGAUGUACACUGGGAUGUCGGCGCUGCAGGCGGAGACGCCGGGGGUCGCGCGCGGCAUGGCGCUGCACAAGAUCAUCCGCGCGCUCACCCUGGCGCUGGGCGGCGAGGGCUGGCUCUCCUUCAUGGGCAACGAAUUUGGCCACCCCGACUGGAUCGACUUCCCCAGGGAUGGCAAUGGGUGGAGCUACGACUACUGCCGUCGGCAGUGGAGCCUGGUGGAUGCGGAGCACCUGCGCUACAAGUACCUCAAUGCCUGGGACGGCGCUCUGCAGGGCCUUGACUCCCAGCACAACUUUCUGUCCUCCACACACCAGCUCGUGUCCUACGCUGACGAUGCAGAGCAGGUCAUCGUGGCGGAGCGGGGGCCGCUGUUGUUUGUGUUCAACUUCUCGCCCUUCAACAGCUAUGAGGGGUACAAGGUGGGCACUCCAGAGCCGGGCAGGUACAAAGCAGUGCUGACAUCAGAUGACGUUGAGUUUGGCGGCAGAGGUCGCAUCAACCACGACACUGAGCACUUCACCCACCCUGAAGGCACCCCAGGCGCCCCAGAGACAAACUUCAACGACCGUGCGUUCUCCAUGCUGGUGGCAUCGCCCUCUCGCACCGUGGCUGUGUAUGCGCUCAUGCCAGAAGACCCUCAUGAGUCCCCGGCAUGAUGACUGCGGAAGAGACAUUACAAUGUCGCGACCAUGGUCAUGGGUUACGUGAGCAAUGCAGGGUUGGGGUCCGCUGACAUUUAUCACUAAAUUUCUUAUUAGCACUGGUGUGACGAUGUGCCCAGGAUGAAAGUACCGCUUCAGAACCUCAGACCUUUUAACGCGAUUGCUCUCUGAAUGCUGAUCAGAACAGUAGCAGUAGGCUAGGGGGACAUCCCUGAGAUGCCGUCUUCAGGGACUGUAGGCAAAAGAUUCAACUAUUUAAGACAAGAGAGAUGCAAG